AUGGAGCAGAAAGGCUUCGGAAUCCUCGAAACGAAGCUGAGGCUUCGCCCCUUGGGCAAUUUCCGCAUCUACCAUUGCCAAAAAGAUCUGAAAACGUCCCUUUUGGAGUGCGAAGAGAGCUUGGAGCCUGGCUGCGUCUCAUCAAAGCAUGACCCGCUUCUGGAUGACGUGCCACCCACGGAGGCGAAGACUUCACCUCCGCAGACACGUUCCAAGACUUGGCGCGUGGUGGGAGGUCAAAGGCACGGAGGCAUCAUCGUCCGCCGCGCCUCCAUCGGCGUGGCGAAGGAGGACUACCAGGGACGACUGAAGCACGGUGCGCUCGUGCAAGAGCUUCAAAGAACCAAAGACAGGAACAAGCAAUAUGAACGCUACAAAGCAGCCCCCGGCGAGAUGGGUUAUGCUGGGACGCUGGAGGAGUGUGAGAACCGCUCACUUGCAGAGCCCCAGAGCCCAGGCUUUGCAUUUUCCACCAGUAAUGACUGCAUAGAGCCUCGGUUGAUCGUUGAGUGGGAUGUCACCCGUGGGGGUGGUGUCAGGUGCCGACUCUGGGAGUGUGGCUCAUCCGAUGUCCCGGUGGCGAGGGCAACGGGCACCGAAGGGUCUGCUUGGCUGAGCUGUGAAGAGGGCUGA